AACAAAGUACGAAUCAUGUACAGAGUACGUGAUUCGCACGUGAUACAAGUGACUGUUAAUCUAAAACAUGUAAUUAACUAUCAUCAUAAAAGUUGCAGAAAGUUGUAGAGUUUAAUUAAAUAUCCUCUCUUGUAUAUUAACAACAGGUUGUAGUACUUACAAGGACGUUUCUGAAAUUCUGCUUUAUACAUGGAUCGCUGGGUUGGUAAAGUAGCCUUGGUUACGGGUGCUUCUACAGGUAUAGGUGCCUCCAUUUGUAAAGGAUUGGUAAGAAAUGGGAUGAAAGUCGUUGGUUGCGCUAGAAAUGUAGAUGCCAUCAAAAAAAUAGCAGAAGAAUUGGGAUCUUUUACUCACGGUGAAUUGUUACCCAUAAAAUGUGAUUUAACUAACGAAUCGGAAAUUUUGAACAUGUUUCAAGAAAUUAAAAAACAUUAUGGACGAAUUGAUGUUUGUAUUAAUAAUGCUGGUGUCUCUAAAAUCUGUCCCUUAAUGAGCGGUAACACGGAUCAUUGGAGAAAUAUUCUAGACGUAAGUAGUUGCAUUAGUCCUGCUACAGUGAAAACAGAAUUUAUACCAAGAAUGGUUGAAAAUACAAAGAUUGCUGAAGAGUUUUAUGAAAGCACAGACCCCCUUCAACCUGAAAAUGUUACAGAAGCUAUUCUGAAUUUUGUAACUUACUUGUUAGUUUUUUAUUUGAGAAUAGAAAAUAUGGAUCGUUGGAUGAAUAGAGUAGCUCUUGUAACGGGAGCAUCUGCAGGAAUCGGUACAUCUAUUUGUAGAGAAUUGGUGAAGAAUGGGAUGAAAGUGGUGGGUUGUGCCAGAAAUGUGGAUGCCAUUAAGAAAAUAACCGAAGAGCUAGCAAGUUUCUCUCCAGGAGAACUAUUACCUAUCAAAUGCGAUUUAAACAACGAAUCAGAGAUUUUGGGUAUGUUUGAAGAAAUUCGGAAACGUUUCGGCCGCAUUGAUGUAUGCAUUAACAAUGCUGGUUUGUCCUUCGUGUGCCCUUUAAUUAAUGGUUCGACCGAACAAUGGAGAGAAUUAUUACAAGUUAACGUGUUAGCUUUAUGCAUUUGUACUCGUGAAGCAAUCAAACUAAUGCGAGAAAAAGGCAUCGAGGACGGACAGAUCAUACACAUUAGCAGUAUGUCCGCAUAUCGAGUGCUGGCGUUACCUGGCAAUAGUGUUUAUGCUGGAACUAAACAUAUGGUGAGAGCAUUAGCCGAAGGAUUACGCCAAGAAUUAAGAGCCGAAAAAAGCAAAAUUAGAGUUUGUUGUAUCAGCCCGGGUAUGGUAGAAACGGAAUUUUGGGGAAGGAUGAUUCAAAAUCCAGAACUCGGUAAAGAAAAAUACAAAGAACUAAAGUGCCUUCAAGCCGACGACGUAGCCAAGACAGUUUUACAAGUGUUAGAAAUGCCCGAACACGUGGAUAUCAACGACAUACUUGUUAGACCCACUGAACAGCAGUCUACUUGUAUAAUAAGCAACAUGGAUCGCUGGAGAGGUAGAAUCGCUCUAGUAACGGGUGCUUCGGCGGGAAUAGGAGUUUCUCUAUGUAAAGAAUUGGUAAAAAAUGGGAUGAUAGUCAUCGGAUGUGCCAGAAAUGUGGAUGCUAUCAAGAAACUAGCCGAAGAAUUAAAAGAUCUAGGCCAUCUGUACCCAAUCAGAUGCGAUCUAAACAACGAAUCGGAAAUUUUGAAGAUGUUUGAAGAGAUUCGUGAUAGAUACGAUCGUAUCGAUGUUUGCAUAAACAAUGCUGGCUUGUGUAACAUCAGCCCUUUGAUUAAUGGUGAUACAGAGAUUUGGAGAAAUAUGCUUCAAGUUAAUGUACUGGCAUUAUGCAUCUGUACACGCGAAGCAAUAAAAUUGAUGCAAGAAAAGAACAUAAGAGAUGGACAGAUUAUACAUAUUGGCAGCAUCUUAGGACAUAAAGUAUAUUCGUCGGGUGGAUCAAGUUUUUAUAGUGGAACAAAGUACAUGGUAAGAGCUCUUGUAGAAGGAUUGCGACAGGAAUUAAGACAGGAGAAAAGUGAAAUAAGAAUUUGUUCCAUCAGUCCAGGUUUGGUAGAUACAGAAUUUAUGGAAAGGAUGCUUCAGAAUAAAGAAAUGGCUAAAACUAUAAAGGGAAGCAUGGCAACUCUUAAAGCUGACGAUAUAACAAAUGCCGUUAUUAAUGUAUUAAAAAUGCCCAAACAUGUUGACAUUAACGACAUUCUGGUUCGUCCGACGGAGCAAAUGUUUUAAAGAAUGAAAAGUCAUUCUAUCAUUAAUCAUCACUGUAAUCAAACAUUAUGGCUAAGAUGUAUUGUGUUUAGCCAAAAACUUAAGACACCAAUUAAGUUUCAAUAUAUUGUUCUGAUAUGUAUUUGUGAAAUGAUUAUGUUGAAAUUAAGAAUUAAAUGUUAUUUGUGGAUUCCACUAUCGGCUCUAAGCAAGCAAGCAAGCAAACUAUUGUGAUGAUCCCUUUCAUUUGAAAAGAUUUAAUCAU